GUAUUAUCAAGUUGUCUUGUUUGUGAGUUGUACAUACAGUUGUGUAAAUUUGUUAAAAAUAUGGUGUCAUUUUCGUUAACUGAAAUUUAAUUAAAGCAUUUCACAGUGAUUUUAUUUUAAUUUAUACAUUAAUAAAAUGUCUGACGACGAAAAGAAACCAGAUAUUCUUAAAGUGGAUCGGCCUAGGUGUUUUUUUGAUUUAUCUAUUGGAGUAAUUCCAGCUGGUCGAGUUGUAUUUGAACUAUUUAAUGAUAUUGCACCUAAAACAGCGGACAAUUUUCGAUCAUUAUGUACCGGAGAAUGUGGGUUGGGAUCAACCACAGGCAAACCUUUACAUUACAAAGGUAGUAUUAUUCAUAGGGUUGUUAAAGAUUUCAUGAUACAAGGCGGAGAUUUUUCGAAUGGAAAUGGAACUGGCGGUGAAAGUAUAUAUGGAGGCUGUUUUGCAGAUGAAACGUUUGAACUAAAUCAUAUUGAACCGUUUUUGCUUUCCAUGGCAAAUCGUGGUAAAGAUACCAAUGGUUCACAAUUUUUCAUUACAACGCAACCGGCACCUCAUCUCGACAAUGUUCACGUGGUGUUUGGCCAAGUGGUGUCAGGUAAAGAAGUUGUGCAGCAAAUUGAAUCUCUUCCUGUAGAUCGGAAUUCCAGACCAUUGCAAGAUGUUCGUAUUGCUAAAUGUGGUGAACUAAUUCGUCAAGUUAAAGUUAAGAAGAUUAAAAAGAAAAAAAAGAAGAGUGAUGAAGAACAGGAAUCUGAAAGUAAUGAAGAUUCUAGUGAGGAGAAGAAAAAGAAGAAGAAAUCGAAAAAGGAGAAAAAAAAGAAAAAAAAGAAAGAUGUAUCUUCAGAGGAGGAAGAAGGAGAAGUAAAAGAAGACGAAUUACACCCAUUAGUGUCCGUAACAAAAAUUAAUCCAGACGAAAUUCCUGAUAUUCCAUCGAAUAAGUUUUUAAUGCGAGGAGAUGGGAAAACUUCUGACAAAGACAAGAAAAACAAGGCGGAAAAUGAUUUUGCAGAUCGAAAAUCAGAUCGGCGAGGCGAUGAUAGACGGUUUAGUAAAGAUGAUCGUGGCAGAUUUACAAGUGGUUAUAAUGCAGGCGGCUGGGGAGGUCGGCGAUUUGAUCGUAGACCACCAAAAACUAAAAGUGGUCGAACUAUCAAAGGGAGAGGAGUAUUUCGGUAUCGUACUCCCUCGCGUAGCCGAAGUCGUACUCGAAGCGCAACACCACCACAUUGGAAACAAGCUCAGCAUCGAGUUAUUAAAUUAAUUGAUUUUGAAAAAAAUGAAGUUGAAAGAAAACAACGGGAAGAGGAUGGGAAGCGCCGAAGUAACAGAGACAAAUCUUCUCGACAAAAUGGCUCUGAACACCAAAGAACAUCACAUAAUGAGAAAGUGGAUUAUAACGCACUAGACUAUGAGCAUGAAGAAGGUAAAAGUAGUAAAGACGACCCUAGUAAAGUUGUUCAGUAUCCGCCACCUGGAUCAUACCGUCCAGUAUCUGGGUAUUAUGAUGAAAAUAAGGGGGACAAGGACGAAGAGGAUGGAGAGAUUGUAAAUCAAGAAAAAGAUGAAUCAGAAGAUAUUUCGGGAUCGAAUAAGAAAUCAGAAAUAAUGGCAAUGGCGUUUGGUGUUCAAAUUAAAAAUCAAGAUGAUCCAAAUUCUGAAAUUGCUGGUUUUAACAAAAAAAGUAAAAUUCAUGAAAAGUUAGAGAGUAAAUUUAAACCUAUUGACGAUAAUGAUAAUAAAAAAACAAAUGAAUCUAAAUCAGAUCGUGAUAAAGAUGGAGAGAAAGUUGAGAAAACUGAAAAAGAAAGAUUUGACCGCCAUAAAGCUGAACGUGAAACAGUUCCUGAUCGCGAUAGACGCUAUCAAUCAAACAAUUAUCGACGCUCAGAUGUUCGAAGUCAUUCAACACGUAGACCUCCAUCAAGAUCGCGCGGCCGUGAUCGAAGAUCAAGAAGUUUAGAUAGACGUCGUCGCGAUAGAGAUAGAUCAUCUGAUUUUCGUCGAAGAUCAUCCCGCGAUCGCAGGCGUGACAGAUCACGGCAAAAAUCGCGUAGAAGUCAUUCUAAAGAAAAUAGAAAACGAUCAGCGUCUCAUGAAAAACGAAAAGAGGAGGAAAAAAUACCAAAAAAAGAGGAAACCUCCGAAAAGUCUGCAGAAAAUGUUACGGAAUUACGUGACGAGGAACAAUUAGAAAAAAUUAAAAGGCGUGCAGAGCAACUUUUAUUGCUAAAAAAGAAAAUGCAAUUAGAAAUGUUGGAAAUGGAGCGGCAAAAAAAGCUGGCCGAUGAAAAGAAAAAAGAACAAGAAUUAAUUGCCGAAAAACAAAGAAAAGCAAAAGAAGAAGCUGAAAUGCUAGAAAAAGCUAAAAAAUUGAAAUUUGAAAAGGAAGAUAAACUGAAAUUAUUAGAAAAAUUGCAAGCAGUAACUGCUUUAAAAGAAGUACAUUUGAAGCAUUCUCGACGACGAUCCCGUUCGUCUAGUUCUUCUACUAGUUCGAGUAGUUCAUCAUCUCGAUCUUCAAAAGGUCGUUAUUCACGGCAAAAACGUGCUCGAUCACGCAGUAGGGGGCGAGCACGAAGACGUUCAAGUUCUUCCAGUAGUAGAUUUAGAUCAAGAAGUAGAGAUCGAUCUCGAAGAUCAAGUAGACGAAGACGUUAAGAAACGAAUGUAGUUUGUUUUAUUUUACAUUAAUUUUUAUUUUCAUUUUCAUAGUUUCCAAAUAACUGAUUUAUGUAACUGGUGUAAUUAUUGAGUAUUUGAUUGUAAAAUAAAAUUUCCCUAUAUA